CAUGUCUUGGUUCUUUGUAAACAUCAGUAACAUCACUUUGGAGGACGCACUCUCUGACGAUGAUCCGCGGGAUGAGCGCUUGGCUCGGGUGGAAAUAGCUCUCCUGUCCAUCAUCUUCAUCACCGCGGGGAUCCUAAACUUCGGGCUGCUGCUGGUGCUGUGGAAGCGGAGGAAGCAGCUCUCCAGGAUGCGCGUCUUCGUCCUCCACCUGUGCGUCGCCGACCUUGUGGUUACAUUUUUCCAAGUUUGCCCGCAACUCAUGUGGGACAUCACUGACCGAUUCGUGGGACCGGACGUAUUGUGUCGCGCUGUGAAGUACCUGCAGGUGGUCGGGAUGUUUGCAUCUUCUUAUAUGAUUGUAGUGAUGACGAUAGACAGAUAUCAAGCCAUCUGCAAACCCAUGGUGACUUUCCAGAGGCACAGGGCACGCUGGAACGGUCCAGUUUGCGCCGCCUGGUGCGCCUCUCUCAUCGGUAGCCUCCCGCAGAUCUUCAUCUUCUCCCGGGUGGAGGUGGCCCCCGGUGUGUACGAUUGCUGGGCUCAGUUCAUUAAACCGUGGGGUCCCAGAGCCUACGUGACGUGGACCACUCUGGUGAUAUUCGUGCUGCCCAUUCUCAUGGUGAUCGUGUGUCAGGUCCGCAUCUGCCGCACUGUGUACAUUAACUUCCACAUGAAGACGCAGCAGGGCGCAGGGAAGGUCAGGAAGCCGCUGUCCUCGCGGGCCAGCAGCGUGGCGGGGGUGUCUAAAGCGAGGGUCAAGACGGUGAAGAUGACCGUGGUGAUCGUGUUCGCUUACAUCCUCUGCUGGGGGCCUUUCUUCACCGUGCAGCUUUGGUCCGUGUGGGACGUGGAGGCGCCCACUCAGACUGCUACCUUCACCAUCCUGAUGCUGCUGGCCAGUCUGAACAGCUGUGCGAACCCCGUCAUCUACCUGCUAUUCAGCGGGAAGCUGCCAAAGACCCUGGUGGCCCUGAUGUGUGCGGGUCAGCCCGACCUGAAGGAGUCCAUCCAGGAGGAGGCCACCAUGGUCAGCUCCCUGUACAUGAGCCUCAAGAGUCUGUCAGAGAGCAGACGUCCGGACUCUUAA